UGGUUAAAUAAAGGUUUAAAAAAAAACAAAAAAAAACAAAAAACUUAAACGCAUCAGUAAUUAAAUGUCUCUUCCUCUCGCCUCUUCUGUUUGUCCCUUCUCCUUCAGUGGUGGUGAAAAAUGAAGUUGCUGGAAGUGGGGGACUCCAUCAGUCGCUUCAGGUUUUCUCUGUCCUGUGUAGGGUUGGCAGGUGGCCUGUGUGUGUGCUACGCAGUCUGGACACCGUUCUGGCUGAAGGAGAGGGGACUCUGGACAGAGUGGAAUAACACUCAAAGUGACCAGCCAAAUCAUAAAGAUGGCACUUUCUUCAAUGCCCCGGAGGCAGAGACAGUAUUUGCACUUAUUUCCUUCUUGAUGGCGGUCUGCACUGGUACUCUAUGUCUGGUGUUUGCCCUCUGCUGGACAUCUGAGACGGUGCGCUCCUACUCCAACACUCGCUCUCUCCUCAUGGCAGGACAGGCCCUGUACCCCACCACACUGCUGGUGCUCAUCAUGACCUUUACAGGUUUCUUCUUCCUCCUCAGCUGGUCUCUCUUCAGCUAUCAACACUGGGAAGAGAUCCGUCAAGACUUCUCCAGCCUUGGCUCCUCCUAUUGGGUAGGGGCUUUAGGAUGGGUCCUGCUGAUGGUUGUGGGGAUGAUAGUCUUUAUAGCUGAACAAGCUGUUGUUCCAGACCUUCUACCUGACUUAGAGAAGGCUGUGGAUUCAUGGCAGAUUUCCUCUCAACUUAAGGCCGCUAAACACUCUUUCAGCUAUAGUUAUCGCCAUGGUUAUAGCAAAAGCAACAUGGCUCCUAAGAGGUAUAUGUCAACACCUUGAGUGGAGAGCAGAAAAAAGGACAUGACAGACACAAUGAGUAUGAAUGUGUAAGUAAGACAUUAAUGCACACAGACUCAAUAAGAAACCAGCAAUUCCUUGCUGCUUUAUAGAUCUGUACAAGCAGACUGAAUAUUGAUUAGCUGGGUUGGGAGUUGUGUGUUGGCUAGAGGAAUUAGGAUCCUGAAUCCCAAAAGGCUCCAGUAUGGACUGAAAUAAAAUAAAAACACACUAAGGAUCAACAAUACCGUCUUUAGAAACUGUGCACCAAAUGUAAGCUGAGGACUGUUCUCUGACAAAGUGAUGUGUAGGUGUGUUUGCAAAGUUAUUAAGUUCAUAAUUUGGGGACACAUCCAGUUGUGAUUCAGUUGAAUGUAUCUAAAAAACACUGUUACAAAACAUUCAACUCCUACCAUUAACGGAAAGUCUCAGAAGGUGUUGCAAUAAUAAUGUAUAGCACCAUCUUGUGAUGGCCAUGUGACACUUUUGACAGUUCUCAACAGUUCUUUUUAAAUGUUUUAUCUGUUGAAAGGUGAACUGCAGGCUUUUUAUGGACAUCAUAAGUAUUGCAAAUACUAAUUGUGUUAUUGUUAUUUUUAUAGUU